AUGUUAUUCAUUUCUAACAUAGAUCUACUCUCAAUGUCGCUAGAGACAAACCCAGAAGCAGCUCCAUAUAUUGUUCUUCAAAACUUCAAACUCAAGGAAGUUGAACAUGAUCUGCCUCUAAUACAGUGGCAACAGCUCCAAGAAAAAGAUGCUCCUCAGAUUAGUACUGGAAGUGAUGAAAAUGCAAUCGAAGACGCAGUGAAGAAUGUGAAAUCUAUUUUGAGAAACAUAAGUGACGGUGAAAUUACUAUCUCGGCUUAUGAUACAGCUUGGGUUGCAUUAAUCGACGCCGGAGAUAAAACUCCGMCGUUUCCCUCCGCCGUGAAAUGGAUCGCCGAGAACCAACUCUCCGACGGAUCUUGGGGCGAUGCUUAUCUCUUCUCUUAUCAUGAUCGCCUCAUCAACACACUUGCAUGCGUAGUUGCUCUAAGAUCAUGGAAUCUCUUUCCUCAUCAAUGCCAAAAAGGAAUCACGUUUUUCCGAGAAAAUAUCGGAAAGCUAGAAGAAGAAGAUGAUGAACAUAUGCCAAUUGGAUUUGAAGUAGCAUUUCCUUCGUUACUUGAGAUAGCUCGAGGAAUUCACAUCGAUGUACCGUACGAUUCUCCGGUCUUGAAAAAUAUAUACGCCAAAAAAGAGCUAAAGCUAACAAGGAUACCAAAAGAGAUAAUGCACAAGGUACCAACAACAUUGUUGCAUAGUUUGGAGGGUAUGCGUGAUUUAGAUUGGGAAAAGCUCUUGAAACUCCAAUGUAAAGACGGAUCUUUCCUCUACUCUCCUUCAUCUACCGCUUUCGCGUUCAUGCAAACCCGAGACAAUAAUUGUCUCGGGUAUCUGCGCAAUACCGUCAGACGUUUCAACGGAGGAGUUCCGAAUGUGUUCCCCGUCGAUCUUUUCGAACACAUAUGGAUCGUGGAUCGGCUCCAACGGUUAGGGAUAUCGAGAUUCUUUGGAGAAGAGAUUAAAGAGUGUCUUGACUAUGUUCACAGGUAUUGGACAGAGAAAGGCAUAUGUUGGGCUAGAUGUUCCCAUGUCCAAGAUAUCGAUGACACAGCCAUGGCAUUUAGGCUCUUAAGACUUCAUGGAUACCAAGUAUCCGCCGAUGUAUUCAAGAACUUUGAGAAAGAAGGAGAGUUUUUCUGCUUUGCGGGUCAAUCAAACCAAGCGGUGACCGGUAUGUUCAAUCUAUACCGGGCAUCGCAAUUGGCGUUUCCAAAGGAAGAGAUACUGAAAAACGCCAAAGAGUUUUCUUCAAAGUAUUUGCAACAGAAACAAGAGAGAGACGAAUUGCUUGAUAAGUGGAUCAUAAUGAAAGACUUACCCGGCGAGAUUCCAUGGUAUGCAAGCUUGCCUCGAGUAGAGACGAGAUUCUAUAUUGAACAAUAUGGUGGAGAAAACGACGUUUGGAUUGGCAAGACACUUUAUAGGAUGCCUUACGUGAAUAAUAACGAAUAUCUGGAAUUAGCAAAACAAGACUACAACAACUGCCAAGCUCUGCAUCAACUUGAAUGGGACACAUUCCAAAAGUGGUACGAAGAGAAUAGGCUAAGUGAGUGUGGUGUAAGCAAAAGUGAGGUUCUCGAGUGUUAUUACUUAGCGGCUGCGACAAUCUUUGAAGCAGAGAGGUCACAUGAGAGAAUGGUUUGGGCUAAGUCAAGUGUUUUGGUUAAAGCCAUUGUUUCUUCUUUUGGAGAAUCCUGUGACUCAAGGAGAAUCUUCUAUCAUCAAUAUUAUAGAUAUAUUGCCAAUGCACGACGAAGUAAACAUCAUCACUUCAAUGGCAGGAGCAUGAGAUUGGACCGACCAGGAUCGGUUCAGGCGAGUCGGCUUGUCGGAAUCUUAAUCGGAGCUUUGAAUAAAUCGUCCUUUGAUCUUUUCAUGUCUCAUGGCCGUGACGUUAACAAUCUCCUCUAUCAAUCGUGGGGAGAUUGGCUAGAGAAAUGGAAAUUAAAUGGAAAGGAAGGAGAAGGAGUGCUCAUAGUGAAGAUGAUAAUACUAAUGAACAACAAUGACCUAACUAGCUUCUUCUCUGAUCCUCACUUUCUUCGUCUUUCGGAGAUCAUCAACCGAAUUUAUCUCCAUCGUCAACUCUUGAAGGCAAGUAGAAACGAUGAGAAGGAGAAGACAAUAAGGAAAAUUGAGGACGAGAUGGAGCUUAUGGUUGAGUUAGUACUGUCGGAGAGUGACACAUUCCGUGACGUCAGCAUCACGUUUCUCAAUGUAGUAAAAGCCAUUUACUACUUUGCUUCGUGUGGUGAUCAUCUCCAAACUCACAUCUCCAAAGUCUUGUUUCAAAAAGUCUUGUAA